UCCACUUUAGUUCCCUCCCGACCUCGUGGCUCUUCUUCAUAAUUUUCUUGUCCGAUAUCCGGAGGUCCUCCUGCAUCACCGCGCGCCAAGAUGCCCAGCAAGAGGAAGAAGAACAAGCGCCGCAUGAGGAGGGUGCAAGCCCAGAGGAGGGCCCUCGAAGAGCUUCACGCAUCCAAUCCUCCGGCCAAAGCCACCCCUGGGAUCGCCGUAAGUGCCCCGCCGACAGGAGCCUCUAAGAAGGCAGCUAAAUGUACGACAAAAGCCCCAGAGAAGGUCCCAGAGGCCGUUCCCGUUGCCGUCCCCAUUGUGGAGGCACGCAAGGUAGUACCGAAACCGGCUGUGGAGAAGCCGGUCCCAGCACCCGUCCCGGCUGAAGUAGCGGCACCGGAGCCUGAGCCACUGGUGGCGGAACCAAUCCCAGCAGAGGUCGAGGUGGAAGCCCCGGUACCGGCCCAGGCCCCAGUUAUCACGGAAACCCCAGCAGUUGAGGAAACAGCAGUUGUCGAGAAGAUGGAAGUUGUUGAGGAAACGGCGGUUGUUGAGGAAACGGCGGCUGUUGAGGAAGCGGCAGUUGCUGAGGAAACGGCAGUUGCUGAGGAAACGGCGGCUGUUGAGGAAACUGCAGUUGCCGAGGAAACGGCAGUUGCUGAGGAAACGGCGGCUGUUGAGGAAACCGCGGUUGCUGGGGAAACAGCGACUGGUGAGGAAAUGGCGGUUGUCGGGGAAACCGUGAUCGUCAAUGAACUGGUAGCUGCCGAGGAAACUCCAGUUGUCGAAACCACACCAGUGGAGCCCCCUACAGUGGAAACUGCCGUAGCGCAGGAGGCUGAGCCUGUCGUUCCCGAACCAGAACCAGUGACAGAGGUCACAUCCCGUGAGGCUGAGGUCUCACAGGCGCCUGCAGAUCUUGAGCUCCAGGUGGAGGAUGCUGUCUGCGCCACUGCAGUGGUUGAACAGAUGCGUGCUGUAUGUGAGCCAGAGACUGAGGUAGAGGUUGAGGUCUUGGUCGAAGAGGAAGCUACGCCGGAGUUCAAGAUGGAAGUAGCCAUGACCGAGGCUAUCGCUGAAGCUGAGCCCCUGAGCGAAGCUGUCCCAGAAGCGGCGUUAGAGGCGGUCAUCAGCGAGGCCACAUCUGCGCCCGCCGUUGAGGCUGAGGCAGAGCCUACUGCAGUCGAGCCGAUCAUCGAAGCUGUGAUGGAGGAAGUCAUCCAAGCAGCACCUGAGCCAGAGGUGGUGACCGAGGCGGUUGUCUGCCCCGCUGCCCCUGUCGAGGAGGAGAAGGAAGAUGUCGAAGCUGAAGUAUUGACUGAAGAAGUUGCACCUGUAAUGGCAGUUGAGCCUCUUGAAAAUAUAGAGGAUGUUCCGGCCCCGUCAAAGGAAAUGCCAGUGGGAAACACUGCCGUCUCAGAAACCAUUGCAGAGGUGGCCGAGGUCCCAGUAGCUGAAGUAACAGAGGCUGUUGUCGACAGUGUGAUAGAGGACUUUGUGGUCACAGAAUCUGCCCUUGUUGUGGAGGCCGCCAUGGCUGAGGCCCUGCCCCUGUACAGCAGGUGA